UACCAAAUAUUUAAGUACUAAGCACUAAAAAGCUCAAAUACUAAAUCUUAUGUAAGUUUCUUUAUUUAUAAUUUUAAUAUAAUUCUUUUAUUUAUAUAUUUGUUGGUGUAGAAAUAUAAUUUGCAACAGUUGUCAUUUAUGUAAUUCGAAGAUAUAGUGAAAAAAUGGUUGGCAUCUUGUGACGUAAAAAACACUAUACAGAUAUAUGAUAUUAGCGAUAACUUCAUCUCAAUAGUGAUGUUAACGGCGCGUGUGAUCUGUCGCUGUCAUAUAUUACUUAUUGGUUUUCAAUAUUUCAAAUCAAUAAAUAUCAUUAAAAUACUAUUUCUUAUAGUAAGCCAUUUUCUCUUUAUAUAUCUUUUAAUUCUGUGCACAUUAUAUUUCCAUACGAAAAUUUAUCAUAGUGUUAUACAAAUAUUUAAUUUGAACUUAUCAAUUUCUUUGUAAACGAUAAAACGAAUUGUUCACACCAAUCUGAAGUGAGUGAAAUAAUUGCGUAUUAGCGAUAUAGUUAAAAACGGAGCAAAAUUAGCAAUCAACAGAUAGUAAAAGUGAGAGUUCUGAAUACAAAAAGACGAAAAAAAUUUUUAAAUUACGUUAUUGUGAAUAAUUACGUCUUCGCACAACUCCAUGACAGUCAUGUCAACCUCGGUUGAAUGACUAUGGACCACACGGAUGUUGUGUUCAUAAUGGAUUUUAAAUAAAUGCCGACGAUAAGUGCCUUUCAGUGCCAACAGCAAAGCAUAUAUAUGUGAACAUAUAGCACACACGCACACAGAUGCUGAAGAAUUCCGUGUACUGUAAGAUCCGUGAAAAAAAGUACACCUGAAAGACCUGUUUAGGGUUUGAGCUUCAGUUUUGUCAUCAUUAUUUGGGGGUGCCAUACGUUGCGCUAUCGUACUCCACGGUUUUCCCUUAUUUUUCUGAAUUCUUUUUCUCGCUGGAUUCGCCUGUAGGAGGCGCUUCCAAUAAUCAGUACGAAGAAGAGCGUACGAGCAGAACGAUGUUGUAACUAACGGCCAAAAUGGAAGAGCAAAGCGUUCAUAGCAGUAUCAGUGAUAUAAAUAGUGAAGAAACAGUUAGAAAUGAACAUGUGAUUAUACCGCGUAAGAAAAGGAUAUGUUUAAUUGGUGCAGCUGGUGAUGAUCCUGCACUUGGUGCAGCUGCUCAGCAGUUUAACGUACCUGUUCUCAAAUCAGAAACUGGUUUAGAAUAUGUAGAAGAUACAGCAUAUUGUACUUAUUUUAUAUUAAAAAAGUUUGAGGGACCUGAAUAUGAUGCUCUUCAUAAAAGUGCUCAUAGAAUUUUGGGACCGACGGCACUUCUGCAAUUGGCAGAAAGAAAGGACUCAUUACCUAGUAUUAAUAGACCAAUGUAUACACAAGCUAUGGUAGGCACAGUAGUAGUGUUUACUGGAUUCAGGAAAAAAGAUGAAUUGACUAAACUGAUCAACAUGAUUCACAAUAUGGGUGGAAGUAUUAGAAAAGAAAUGGGUGCUAAGGUGACGCAUCUCAUUGCCAACUGUUGUGGUGGAGAUAAGUAUCGGUAUGCUGUUACAUUUAGGGUCCCUAUUAUGUCAAUGGAGUGGGUAAUAGCACUAUGGAAUGCCAAAGACGAUAUUUCCAAUUACGGAAAUAAUGAAGAAUUGAUUACAACCUAUAAACUAAAACCAUUUUUUGGUGCAAAAGUAUGUUUUUUUGGUUUCCCUGAAGAGGAAAAGCGUCAUAUGUGUGAAGUUUUACAACAACAAGGCGGUGAAUCUACAGAAAUUGAUGAUCCUAAUUGUACACAUGUGGUAACAGAUUUAGGAAGUCAUCAAUACAAGAAAUCAAGCAGUGCUUUUGAUAUGCUACCAUCUACUAAAAAUCCUAAUUACACUCCAAACUAUAUGGAAACAAAACCAUUUUCCUUUACUUUCUAUAACCCAUACACAAAUACUAUACCUAAUAUGAAAAAAGUAAAUCCUUUAUAUAUCUGCAACAAUAGCCACAUUAAUUUAAUAAACAAGCAAAAUAGUAGUCAUCUUCCAUUUAACUUUUGUCCUUGCAUUCAUCAGUAUUUAGAAUGUAAAGAAAACAGAUGCAAUCAUUCUGUACCAGAUGAUAUCAGUCAGGAUUCAGCGAUCUGUAUAGAUGAUAAUUUAAACGAUUAUCUAAGUAUUCCAGAUGAAUCUUACAAUACGUCUAAAUCAUCAAUAUUACGAACUGAUUCUGGUAUCGAUAUGUCUACAAAGUAUUCUAGUAUGACAUCAACAAAUGAUUUAAGUGCAUCGAAACAAACUAAUUUUCUUGCUCCAUCCACUAUGUUUCCAUAUUCAUUAGACUACAGUAACAAAAGAACUGGAAACAUUGUGCCAGAUGUUAUUUCAAACGAGAACAGUGAUAAUGGUAACGCAUAUACUCGAUCAGGGUUACAUAAUAUUAAGUCAUCUACAUUGUGCAAGAAAAGAGUUACUAGAUACAUAAAUAAUCACUGUUCUAAUAGUAAAGCUCAUUUAUUAAAAUUUUGCAAGAAUACACAAUGUCCACAUAGUUCUAUUUUUCUUAACAAGAAAAUUACAACCCCUAGGAGAUAUAUUAAGUGGAGUAAAGCUAAGUCUUGUAUCUCCAUUCGUAAAAUCACUUCACCAGAUAAAUUCAAAUUUAAGAGAAUACAUUCUCAACCAAAUUUAUUAAGACAGUAUGACUCAGAAUUGAACGAUUCUCUUCUGCAUAAUUCACCUACAAGAAUGAGAAGAAACAAUUUUUUGAAUACCUGUAAACUGAAUUCAUCUAUUUUAUCAAAGUUUAAUCGUUUAAAUUUUUCUCCGAUACUUAAACAAUACGUUGUGGUUAGUCCAUGUCACCAAAUUCCAGAAAUUCAUCAAAGGCAAAAGUAUACUCCUUUACCUAGUCCUCUUCCUGUACAUGCUAAGGUAGCAGAAUUAUCAAAGCCUAAACUUGGUGCGAGAAAUAUUUUUGCAUCAGAUGGAAAAUACUCAAAUGUUUCUUCUAAACUUUGCCCUUUGAAGGGCGAUCGUUUGAAAUCGGAGAAACAGGAGGACAAAACAUUAUCUUUGGUUGUGGAUGAAUCAAAUGUAAGUGCAUUACCGGAUUUAGCUUCUGUAAGAGCUCACAUUGUAAAAGCUGAAUGGUUUUGGACAUCUGUGCAAAACGAAGGUGCUGCUGACGAGAAGGAAUAUUUAUUUGAGGAUUAUUUAGAAUCCGUUCUAUCGCCAACUGUAGCAGCAAGACGUGAUAGUCAGCAAGCUGUUACCCCAAGCACAGCAUCCACGAGACGGAAACGUAAACGCUUAGCAGAUACUUUAUCUAGUCUGGUUCAGAAUGGUACAGAUUCACCAGCAUUGCAUAAGAGACGAUCUAGUAUCAGUGAUGCAGGGCAUUUAAGUGUUAGUGGAAGUUUCCUGGACUGUACAACAAGUCCAGAGAAGCCACUACUUGAUGAUAUUCCAGAAGUGGAAGCUGUUAAUACGGACAACGCUAGGAAAAAUUUAUCACCGCGUCAUCAAGUUUUCUUAGAAUUAGUACAAACAGAGUCAAAUUAUGUUGGAAUUCUUAGUACAAUAAUGACGCUGUUUAAAUCACCGCUGGAAGAUCUCAUAGAUACAAGUGGCGAAUUAUUAAAUGGUACAGAAGCUAAAAUUAUAUUUGGAAAUUUUCCACCCAUUUAUGAGGUUCAUAAAAAAAUGUUAGAAGAAUUGAGAUACAGUGCCACUCAUUGGAUGGAGGAUAUAAGUAUAGGUAAUAUAUUUCUGAAGUUCGCACCUGACCUAGUCAAGGCGUAUCCACCAUAUGUCAAUUUCUUCGAAAAUACAAAGGAGAUGCUCGAUCAGUGUGAUCAAAAUAAAUCGCGAUUUCACGCUUUUCUGAAAGUUUGUCAGACUAAACCAGAAUGUGGCAGACAAAGCUUAAAGGAAUUACUGAUUAAACCGGUACAAAGAUUGCCCAGUAUUAGUUUAUUACUAAACGAUAUUCUUAAACACACCAGUAAAAAUAAUCCAGAUCAUAGUGCAUUGGAAUUAUCCAUUAGCAGUAUUAAAGAAGUCAUGACGUAUAUAAAUGAAGAUAAAAGAAAAACCGAAGGCCAGUUAGUUAUGUUCGACAUUUUCAAUGAAAUUGACAACUGUCCACCGCAUUUAGUUUCAUCACAUCGAUCAUUCAUUGGUAAAUGCGACGUGAUGGAACUUAGUGAGGGUCUAAGUGGGCGUGGCGAUCAUUUAGUUCUAUUCCUGUUUACUGAUACUCUUGAAAUAUGCAAGAAAAGGUCGAAAGCUUUUAAUUCAUUAAAGAGUCCGAAUACAGCAAAUGGAUUGCACACGACUAAAUUAAGUCAGGGAAAGCCGUAUAAACAUAUCAAAAUGUUAUCACUUAGUACGAUAAAAAAGGUUGUGGAUAUAAAAGAAACUGAUGAAUGCCAUAAAGUAUUUGCUUUAAUGGUGAGAAGUAAUCAAGAAUUAAAAGAGAAAUUGUUUUCGUUUACAAUCACUGAUGAGGAAGUAAACAAGACAAAUUAUUUACGAACCUUAUGCAGGCAAAUGGCUAAUACAGUAUGUAAACCUGAUGCGGAUACGUUCUUGAUAAGUUUAGACUCGCAUCAACUUGAAAUUGACACAAGUGAUGUAGCAUUGGGAACAUUAAGUAAAGCAUUUAAGAGCCUAUUUCAUAAUUUUUACCUGGAGUAUAUGGACCCGUAUGUGUUCCUACUCAAUAGCAUGUGUGAAACCACGUUACAUGUCCCACUACCGUUUGCUUCUCGUACAAGGAUGAAAGUCGGCAGAGCGUUUAGUUUUAAUAAAACUCCAAGCAAGUUGAAGAGAGCAAUGUCAACAAUGAUGUCACCAUUUGGAUCAACUAAUAGUCUUACACCAGCGAGUCAACAGCUUGCACAGAUGCGACUUGCUAGUUGCAAUAACAUUAACGAGCUGGGUAAUGGUGGUUCAGGCUCGCCAUCUAGAGAUGAUGUUCUAGUAGCACCUAUGUCGGUUCAACCGACACGAAAGGCCAAAUGCAGUUCCCUCAGUAUGGCUUCAUUAAGAAGAAAUUGUUCGGAGGAAGUCAUGCAGGACAAAUCCGAUCUUUGAAGUACAACGCAUGCAUACCUAUACUGUAUCAUUUUCUUUGGUGUCAAUGAGAGAUUUAUGUGAAAGUAGAAAAUUUUAUGAACGUUAAUGGGAAGAGUAUGUUUGCAACACUCCCUAAAUGAAUGAAACUGUAAAAGGUACUUAUGUGUAAAGGCCAGAAAACAUAUUUUCAAGUGAAAUUCAAAAUUUGUAUUAGCCAUGUGCCAAUAGAACCACACAGAUUAUUGUAAAGAAAAUGUACAUUGUCAGUUUCAUUUUAAGCAACUGCAAUUGCAUAUUAACGAUGUACCGUAUUUAAUACCGUAUUGAACGUUAAUUUAUAUAAAUUCGAACUUGUCUCAGGAAGGCAAAUGAAAUUGAACUUUUAAAGAACAAGAAAAGAUAUUAACGUUUCCAGUGUUCUACAUCUUUUAUAAGAAAUGAAAAUAUGUACAAUGAAAUUUGUGCCAUUUUAUCUUAUCCUAUGACAAAUAUGUUUAGAACAUACGACAAUGAACACAAUUUAUGGCUCUCAAUAACGAAAGAAGUAAUUACUUAAUGUUAAUUUCAGAAAUUAACAUUAACUAUAUAUUUCUUAUCCAAGCUUUAAUUCAACUGCCAUGGUUUUUAUCAUUGCGGUUUUAAUUCAUACAUGUAAAUUGCAAUAACUGUUUAUGACUCUAUCGUCUAUACGGUACUAUGUUGCCUUUAUGUAUCACCUUUACGGUACUGUAAUGUAUCUUAUUACAUUUCUACUUUCAUUUCUUAAUAGCAUAAGCAUAUCAUAGUGAAGUAUAGGAAAGAGGUUGAAUGAAAAUACAAUAGAAAAGUAAGAUACGCAUAAAUAAUCAAAACCAUCUUUGUUCUGAAUAAUGUAUAGGUAGUAUAAAAUAGAUAUAGGGAACCAUAGUUUAUUAGCGUUACAUUACUGUUACCUCUUUUAUAUCUCUUUGAUUAUACGCUUAUUGUAAUUGCUGACAUUUUAAAGAUAUAAUUAAUCGUAGUUUUGAGAUAUUCAUGAAAAUAUUCAGUUGUAAAAACCGUAUGUGUAAUUUGCAUUAUAAAAAUUCCGUAGAACAUUUAAUUUUUCAACAUUGUGAACGUUUGUGAGAUUCAUUACAUGUCUUAUAAGGGAUAGAAUAUUGGUAUAAAUGAAAAAUCUAUUUUCUAUGUUGCAAUUUCUUGGGUGUAUAGUAACUAUUUUUAAGAAGUAUAUAUUGUAAUACUCUAAUGAGUAUUACAUUUUAUUUAUAAUAUACAACAAAUAUUUGAAAAUGUUUCAGCUCUGUGAGCAGUUUGUUUAAAUGAACUUAUUACAAGAUUCAAGUACAUAAUACUUUUAGUAUGUUCAUUAGAAAAACAAUAUCAUUGCCUAAAACAUAUUUUUGGUGGAUUAGAAAAGGUUUAAAAACUUGUUUCUAUGUUCAGCUACUUGGUCAAUUACAAAUAAUAGUUGUGAUUUUCAUAUAUUUAGAGGAAGAUUAAAUUUUGAAACAAAAAUGUCAGCUUUUAGAAAUUGAAUUUUUGAACUUAAGAUGAGUUUCAGAAAAAGAUCUUAUUAGCGCUCGAAUUCAAUAUUAUUCUUGCUAAAAGAUAUUGCCAAUAAAUAUACUUAGCUAUAAUCAACUAAAAAUUAAGAUUAUGGAUUUAAAAGUAUAUAUGUCACUUAAAAUCAAAAUUAAUGAAAAGAAAUUUUUUAAUUAAAUACUAAUGUCAAUUACACUUAAGAUCCUUGUAAUAACAAAUUAUACUACUUGUAAUCUUUCUUAAUAACUUCUAACAAUGCUCUUUUCUCAUAAAAGAACAGAAUAAAGAGAAAAUACAUUUUCUUUUCUCCUUUAUAUUUAAGGGAAAAUAAGAGAAUAAGAAAGAUUGUAAAGAAAGAAAAGUUGGUCAGAUUUUUACAAGGACUUAAUCUAUUUAGUGAAAUUCUUGCCUCAUUGACUCUUGCGUACAAUAUCUAUUCAAAUGUGCCUUUACAGAGAAAGGACCAUUAAUAUCUUUGAUAUAAAAGAAAAAAGUUCUUCAUAUUUUUGUAACCGUUCGUUUUGCACUAAAAGGGCGUUUUCGCGAAUAAUUGUGGAGAGCUCUGGUAGCUCUUUCUAUAUCAAUUUUUAACUUAUACUAGAUUCUUAAGACUUUUGACGUCAUCUAUUGUCUUAACUUCCAUGAAACGGUCGUUUGUACUUCUGACCAAACCAAAAAACACAUCUUCUAGCACUGUACAUGGACAAAUUGAAACAUAUUAAUCAAGACGAUACAAAGAACUUGAGAAUAAUUGUAGAAAACAAUGAAAUUGUUUUUUGAAGUCU